AUGUGGACGGCGGCGGUCGUCGGCGCUGUCACGGUCUACUGGUUCGUGUGGGUGAUGGGCUCGGCGGAAGUGAAAGGCAAGCGGACAGUGAACCUUAAGAUGGGAUCGAUCAUGCGGGAUAAGGUGCAGGACAAGUACAAGCAAUUCUGGUCCUUCUUUCUCCGCUCCAAGGAGGGCAUUGCCGCCGCGUCCGACGACGAUAAUGUCCCUGCCUUUGUCGACACCUUCUACAACCUCGUCACAGACAUCUACGAGUGGGGAUGGGGGCAGUCCUUCCACUUCUCGCCCUCACUUCCCGGCCGCUCCCACCGGGAAGCCACACGCAUCCACGAGGAGCCCCUCGCUGAUAUGAGAGAUGGGGAUCUCAUCUCUCAGAUCCCCAUCCGAGAAUUGCGCUCCGGGGCGAAGUUCGACCGCGACCUCUACCAUCGCUACGCAGACCCCGUCCGGGACCACGUCCCCGUCAUGCUCGGCGAGGUGCUCGACGCAUUCCGUUCCCUCCGCCUCCUCUCCUUCGUUGACUGUACCCUCGGCGCCGCCGGGCACUCUGCCGCUAUCGUAGAUGCCCAUCCGGAGUUGGAGUUGUUCGUGGGAAUGGAUAUGGAUGCUUCAAUCCAUGACCAGGCCCGGGCUCCGAUAGAGAAGCUCUUGGCCAUGGAUUCGCGCGGCAGCAAGUUGAAAGCUUACACUCAUGUCAGAAACUUCAAGUACAUCAAGUCGGUGCUUGGCAGCGUCGAUGAGAACCUGCUUGACGUUGGGGUGAACGACAUCUUGAUGGACCUUGGAAUCUCAUCCAUGCAGGUGGAUGACUCUACAAGGGGAUUUAGUGUGCAAGGUGAUGGACCUUUGGAUAUGCGCAUGAAUCCUCAGGCAAGUUUGACAGCUGAAGAGAUAUUGAAUUCUUGGUCUGCUGCGGAAGUGGGAAAGGUACUACGUGAAUAUGGAGAAGAAAGCAAUUGGCAAUUUAUUCAGAAUCAAAUUGUUGAAGCUCAUGAACAAGGGGGAUUGCAUACUACAGAUGAACUUGUGCAUCUUGUGAGAAGAGCAUCAUCCAAGUCAGGAGGUAUGGUUUUCCACUGA